AUGGGCGGAGAGGUAGGCGAGCGCGACGAUGAGGCGACAAAAGAGGGCGAGGGCGUGUGUUUGGACACGGACAGAAGAGUGCGCGAGAGCGAAGGUGUGGGCGAGGCGGCGUGGUCGCGAAUGUCAGUGAGGAACGAGAAGGAAGAUGAGAGUUUCAAGAUCUUCUUCUUCUUCUUCCCUCCUCGUGACCAGCUGUUCGAGUCCUGGCUCCACCCGGCCCAGUACCGCACCCGCCUCUGCAAGGACGAGACCGGCUGCGCCCGCCGCGUCUGCUUCUUCGCCCACAAGCCCGACGAGCUCCACGCCGUCAACCCCUCCCUCGCCUCCGUCUCCGCCGGCCUCGCCCUCCCCUCCCCUCGCUCCUCCAACGACGACGUCGCCGCCGCCGCCCUCAUCCUCUUCCAGCAGCAGCAGCAGACCCUGCCGCCGCCGUCGUCGUCAUCCCCCUCCUCGUGCUGCGCCCGGCGGAGCUCCACCCGCGGCUCCGCUCCGCGGGCCGCGUGCACCGUUAAUGGUGUAAUGGUGCACCAUUACACCAGUUAUGAAGAACCGGCAGCCAGUCGGGACACAAGCGCCCGUGCGAGGCCCAGCGGUGACGUGCGCCUCUCCCCGCGACGGUGA